UAUAAAGGAAUUGUUAAGUUUAAGUUAGUUUUUUUAGAGGGGAAAGCAUUGUUGAUUAACAGGGAAAUUCGGUUGUUUACCGGAAGUCAUCAUAACCACAGUGGGUUAAUUAAUUUCAGGUAUUUACUAGAAUAAUAUGGGAUCUCAAUGUGACAUAAUGAAUUAGUAGAGAGCAAUACAAUAGUUAUUAAACCAGCCCCAAGAUUGCAUCUCUCCACGAUUCCUUUUCAAUCCAGGAGCGCUCGAUUAAUAUUAGGAAAAGGAAAUAGAUAUAAUUGGGCUUAUUAAAAACAAGUUGAAAACGUAAACCUCAGGAUGCGAAAUUAGAUUAGUGGGAUAUUAAUGUGAAAUUGCGCUCGUUCGCGAAUUAUGUUUAGCAGCUUGCUCGUGGAUUGGGCUGAAUGUGAUAUAUUUAGAGCGUAUCAGGAUUGUGAUAAUAUCACGCUUGCGAGUUAUUGCAAGGAUUAUCACCUUCACGUUGACAACUGCUUUCUCGGAAUUAAGGCGAUCCAGCUGCCCUGUUUUCGCCGACUGCCAGUCAUUUUCCAUGGUGCUCUCGCCGGUGUCUGCUAAAGAUUCCCGAUGAAGAAGUGUGUGGGGCAGCGUGCAUGGACCUUACCCAAGCCAUGGCUAAUCGCACUGAGGUUAAUACAAGCGUGGCAAUACCACCUCGACCUAGUCCCCCACGUUUUAUCUCACAUACUUACCGUACGCUGACGGUCGGAUGGACUGCUGGAAUAUGGAAUGCCUCGACGCCAGUGCGCUAUGUUUUAGAGGUCAUACGGCACAUGAAUGCAAGCGAUCCUUUGGUUAUUCUACCAGUGGUACAGCGAUACCAUAUGUUGUCCGGUGUCCGGUUUACAAGUCCACUGCUUGAAGCCCAGACCAACUAUUCUAUGAGAGUUGCCGCUGUCUCUUUGAACGGCACGCUAGGCUUUUCUGCAUUCAGCGACCUAUAUGAAACCAACAGCACGUGUGAUGACACUAUUCAACACGGAUCCAACCUGUCGUUCCCUUGUCCUGUCACUCACGUGCGCGUGCACGUCAGGGCGAGUCUAGCACCAGAACGCAGGCACCAGCUCAUCACGGCAGCUAUUCAUUGGACGCUUCCUGAAGACAUUCACACUCUCCUAAAGGAGAGUUUCAAGGUCUAUGUUCUUGUCGACAAUGACAACCCCGUAAUAUGUUCCCAACUGGGACGUCCUGCUGACUUCUACUGGACCGUCCACAAGUUUGCUAAUCACACAGAUGUACCUAGAGAUCAGUUUGAGCGCUCGUUGUACCUGGGAUGUAAAUAUACCAUAAAGUUUUCAGCUCUUCGUCUGAUUGAAGAAAUGUACUUUCGUACAUCUGCUGAAUUCAGGAUUCCAGAGUGUGUCCAAGGUUUCUGUGCAUGUGAAUCAGGAAGUGAUCUUCCCAACAUCCAGCACCCACCUAUCGGCACUUUCGUCCACGAGCGCAGCCAUGCGAAUGCCACUGCGGUAAAUGUGACCGUCACGUUUAACAGCUCGGCUUGGAGUCACCAGCUGAUGUAUUACAUUCUCUCUGAUCGAACGGCUUUCCUCUACCCAACUUCCUGUAUCCAACUGCCACAAACAGUCGAAGUGUUCUUACCAGAGAAUGUCACGACACAUAUCCAUCAGCAUCACCUCGCGCUGCCCUAUGACUGCAAGUACAUUAUAAAGGUAAAGCUGGUAGAUUAUCAAGCAUGUACUAUUGGAUUUUUAGAAUCUAUUAUAAAGACGGUGUACAUCCCACCGACACUACUACCGACUACCAACAGACUACGCACCGACCCCCCGACGAUAACGGCGAUGACGUCACCAAGGAUGCCGCCAUUCACUGAUGUGACCGCCAGGGCUACCCAAGGGUCCGACGGUGACAGUGAUGCAUUGAUUGCAGUGGCUGUGAUGAUGCCUCCGAUUACCAUCGCUGUCAUAGUAGCUAUCUUGUUCUUUUGGUACAAGCGACGACACAAACACGCUGAAGAUUUAGAACACUCGCCAUCGGGUCUUCGUAGACUAGCAGACUUCACGUCUGAUAUAGAAAACCACGUGUAUCAUCGGAAUUUGGACCAGACGUCGAACUCUAUCUUCUGCGACGAAAACUCUCGCCUGGUGGUUAGUCUCCCCACUAAAGGGACUGGCUCAGGCCUGGAGCUGAACCCUGCCUACCUGGAGCAACGUAUCCAGGAGGCCAUUGUAAUCGGAGAGGCAGAUCAAUACGAAUUCGGAUUUCAUCGGCUGGAUAUCGGUGGCCAAAUCGGAACAGGCGCAUUCGGGACAGUGUUCGUCGCCGAUGCUUACGAUAUCCAUGGUAACGAAGGGCCAACAACAGUAGCAGUUAAGAUUCUUAAAGAUAACGCGAGAGAAGAUGAGAAGGAGGAUUUCAAAGCAGAGAUAAACUUUAUGAAGUCAUUUGGAGAACAUGAAAACGUGAUUCGUAUCAUGGGAUGCUGUACUUUGUACGAACCUCUAUGCUUGAUUGUCGAGUAUGUCCCGCAUGGAGAUCUGCUUCACUAUCUCAGAGACCUUAGAAAAAAGUUCGAGUACGAGCUUCGAAAGCGACGCCAAGAGUGUGAUGGCCUACAGAUUGAGCCGGCAUCUUGUGAGCCGCCCACUCAGAGCAGCCAGUAUAAUGAAUCAUUAGUAGGAUGCAAAUCUCCAGUGGGAGGGCAUCGCCGCCUCGCUCCUUCCCUUAGUGAUACGGAGAUCAUGUCCUCUCAUCUCAAAGAAACCGUCAAAAGGAGACGGACUACUCCGUUUUCCUCUCUUUUGAGUGUUGGCAGAGACGCGUCACGUGCUCGAAGGAGUGCUACAAAAAUAGAGCACCAGGGGAACGGAGAGACUGAUAAAAAAUAUGAAAAGUUUUUCGAGCCUGGCGAGCUUGAGAAAAUGCGACUGAAGAACAGACGGUCUCUAUCGGCGACGAGCCUGACCAUACGUAGGGGCUUGUCCUCACUCCUCCCCAGGUCCCGGAAGGGCUCCAACGCCAGCAAAUCAGAGUUCCCGUAUGUGGGCCGCGGAGACGCUAAUAGCUGCUCAAACGUCAACAGUCACACGUGCUUAUCCACAGUCGAGAGCUGUUCCGAUUCUUGGAAUACCCAGCGCCAGCAGAUAACCCGCGAGUUACAAGACCAGGCUGUGAAUCUGGACGGCGCCCUAGAUUCCGCGGACUUACAGUCAUUCGCAUUCCAAAUCGCAAACGGAAUGGAAUACCUUGCCGGGCAAGGAGUGGUGCACCGAGAUCUAGCAGCGCGGAACAUUCUAGUAGGAGAGGAAAAAGUGCUGAAAAUCUCCGACUUCGGUCUAUCUAGGGAGGGGGUGUAUGUGAAGCGAAGUACGGGCAAGAUCCCCUUGCGAUGGUUAUCCAUAGAAGCGAUGCGGGACAGGACAUACUCCACGGCUAGCGAUAUCUGGGCGUUCGGGAUUGUUUUAUGGGAGAUCUGCACCCUCGGCGGCUUCCCAUACCCUACGGUGAACGACAGGGAUUUGCUUCGGUUCCUGCAUGAGGGAAAAAGGAUGGAAAAACCGUCUAAUUGUACCGACGAAAUAUACCAAAUAAUGUUGGCCUGUUGGUCACGCGAGCCUGCGGACCGACCUUCCUUCAAAGAGCUGCGUGACAUAUUAUGGGAUAUGCAAAAGGAGGAAAGUCCGUAUGUUAACGUGGAUCCCAGUCAGGACUUUGUGCUUCCACCAGUAACAGAAGACUCUAUGGAAAACCUCAUGAUGUUCAGCAAUGGCUCAUCUCAAGUGUCCAUUGAGAAGGAGCCGUCGUCGAGUGGCACAACGGACGACUCUGGUCCCAAUGACGCCAACGGUUUCUGUUCGUCAAGUGAUGGUUUAGAGAUUCUCAAUCAGUGCUAUGAUGGCCAGACUUUAUCGAAAGACCAUCUCGAGUUGGAUUCAGAGAACCCAGGCUACGAGAGCUCCAAUGCCUCUGAUACAGAUAUGCACCUUGGCACCAGGCUACGCAACCUACGCGGCCACAGCAAGACCAUGUUGCUUGCCAAACACAUGCCGUUAUCAUCGGAUAUCGAGAACGAUUUAGCCGAGUCCGCUGUGUGAUAAUAUCAAUGGCCUUAUACAACAGAUAUUAUCGUAGGGCAUUAUAGUUCAUUAAAGAGUGGGAUGUUAUCUACCUCUUGGUCGGUACGCGAUUACACGCUUUCAAACACGAGAAAACAUUCAGAGGCUUACUAUGGUCUAUCCUUUGUCUGAGCUACCAAAAAAUUCAAUCACAGAUGAUUUGUGCUCCUCACAAAUGCUAUUCCAAGUAGAAUAGUAUUUUGACUCUUGAAUGGAGACUUGAAUUUGGAUAAUGAACUCUUUUUUAACCGUAUCUGUACCAAAUCAAGAAAGAAAAUCGUUGAUUACUACCGUA